CAAUUUAUAUAUAUUUAAACAAUACAGUUUUCCUUAUUGAAACAAUGUACUUGUUCCACUUUUAAAGCAUUUUAUAUGAAGUAUCUUGAAAUCAUGAUAGAUAUAAUUGAAUACAUCAGAAAUUUGAUUUUCCCAUCUGAUGUAAACAGAAAGAAGAGACGUUCAAUAUUUGAACAAGGCGAAGUCCCUGUCAAAAUUCGAAGAACUAUGUCUCAACACCCUCAUUUAGAAGACAAUUGGAAUUCUUUUUCAUCAUCAUCAUCAGGAAAUUUUAGAAGCAGAAGUAACCUGUACUCUUCAUCUCCCCCAUUGCCUAUAAAUAAAUCAAAAGAAAAUAUUGUUUACAAUAUUGACGAUGAUGAUGUGUUAUUAAUUAAAAAUAACACUAAAUUUAACAACAACAACCCUAUUCAGAUUACAUCAACCCCUAAUGUAUCAACUGGAGAUGAUGAUGUAGCUAUAGUAAGUAGUGAAUCAUUAGCAGAUAAAAAGACCAAUUUUCGAAAACAAGGAUUGGAUUACAUUAACUUGUCAUGUUUCAACGAAACACAAAAUACUUUUCGUCAACCUACAUCUAAGCUACGCAGAGCGGGAUUUAACUCUACAACUCCAACAAUAUUCAGCAGUAUUCAAGAAGUAAGAUCAAAACUUAAUAGUCGAAAUCCAUCUAUUCAUAGCUCAACACUGGAUCAAUCAUUCCGUUUAGAUGAGAAGUUGAGAUACAGAGAACUUUUAUCAAGAGCUGCUCCAUCAUGGUCUUCAUAUAAUACAAAUGGGUCAUUAUCAAAUUACAGUACUCCCACUGGAAAAUUAUGUGUUGACACUAGAAGCAGAGGUAAAAAACUAGUUGGUUUAGCUCAAAGAACUGAAAGUAAAGAAACAGCAUUUAUUGAUUUAACUGAUGAUACUUCAAAAAAAUACAAACCACGACCUUCAAUUAAAGAUACAAUAAAUAAGGUUUUGGAUGAUUUUGACAAUGAGCCCGUAGUAGUAAAGGAUUCUGAUUCAGAAGUAGAAAUCCUUCCUUCUCCACCUUCACCUAAACCAGAUUUUAAAGUGGGACCAGUCAACAGUCUCAAAGCAGUUAUUGAUACAUCUGAACAUUCACAUAAAGAAUGGGUGGACAAACUUAUUAAGGAACGCUACGAUCAGUUAGCUAAAAAAGAAAAAGAAAUACAAAAACAAAGAGCUCAAGUGGAAAAGUUUAGUCAGAUAAAUCACGAAAUUCGCAUAAAACUUUUGGAAGAAGAUGUAAAGAGGAGCCUGCAAAUUAAGGAUAUAGUACUACCAGUGGAAGUUUCUGAAGAAGCAUCUCUUCCUCAGUUAACAGAGGAGCAAGAAAAAAUUGUCGCAAACGCUCUAAAUCCUCGUGGAAACCCGAACGAAGUAUUAGCUCAGAAAUUUAGUCUGAGUAUAACAAGGAGAGAUUUAUUGACGUUAAGUGGUCUGAACUGGCUGAAUGAUGAAGUCAUCAAUUUCUAUAUGAAUCUUAUAAUUGAACGAGGAAAACUUCCCCAAUGGCCAAAAGCAUAUGCUAUGAACACCUUCUUUUAUCCCAAACUUCUUAAAGAUGGUCCAGCCUCUCUUAGAAGAUGGACGAGAAAAGUAGAUAUUUUUGCGCAUGACAUUAUCGCUGUACCAAUUCACUUAGGUGUCCAUUGGUGCAUGAGUAUGAUAGACUUUAGAUAUAAAACGAUAAAAUACUACGAUAGUAUGGGCGGCUCAAAUAGAAGAUGCUUAGACGCCCUCUUAAAUUAUCUACAAGCAGAACAUAUGGAUAAAAAGAAAACCAAAUAUGAUGUUUCAAAUUGGGAAUUGGAAAGCGUUAAAGACAUUCCUCAACAGAUGAACGGAAGCGACUGCGGAAUGUUUUCGUGUACAUUUGCGGAAUUUCUUACUCGAGAUGCAAAAAUUACAUUUUCCCAAGAAGAUAUGCCAUACUUAAGGCGAAAAAUGGUAUUGGAAAUAAUAACAGGAGUUCUAUUAAUCACUUAACUUCCCUUAUAUACAGUAAUUCUUUUACUUCAUAUUGCUUUUGUUAUUACCAAUCCACUCUAUUCAGACGAUUCCUUCAUAACUAUUUUUUAAUGUAGUUUUUAUCAUUUUGUGAUAAAAGUUGCAUUAUUAAAGAUAUGUAACAUUUUUAUUGUUUAAAAUAAUGAAUUCAUACCCGUUGUAAUUUAAAAUAUUUGCGAGACACAGAUACAAAUGUAACACAUUUAAGAGUAAAGAGAAGUAAAAUAAGUUAAAUGAUCUUUUCGUUAAUAUUAUUUUACUAUAUAUUAAAAUAAACCGGAACAAAAUUUUUAUUUUGUAAGAGUAUUUUUAUUUUUUUAUAAAAUUAUGAACUACUUGAAUCUCGUAUUAAAUGAACAUGUAAGAA